AUGUCAGAUAGCCCACUCGACAUCAACACAACCGGCACUGCUGCCACCAUCGUCUCAGAGUCAAAGCUUCAUAAACGCUAUAUCUCAGUGUGGAACCGGACAACACGCUUUGCCGAUGGUAGAGAAAUAGACUGGGACGUCGUGGGUCAUGACACACCCUAUCCAACCUUUGUCACUGUAUUCACAUUUGAUUCCAUCAAGAAAACAACAUGUAUCCUUAAGGAAUAUGCACAAGGCACAAACGAAGUGAAAUAUACAUGUGUCGCUGGUUCGUACGACCGAAGAAAGCAUAGCAGUCCUUUGGAAUCAGCUGAACAUGAGCUCUCGGAAGAAGCACGACUAAAAGGUGGUCGUUGGAUUUGCUUACUACCAGAGGACCAACCUGAUGGUAUCAGUGAGCUCAAAUGGGGUGUCAACCGCUUCGUACCCUACCUUUGCCUUGAUCCCGAAGAUGAUCCCGAACCUCGUGCUCGUGAUAAUGAAGAGUGCAUGCAGGUCAUCAAGGAUGUUCCCAUUGCCGACUUGAAAAAGUUUAUUACACUCGGUCAAGCCAUGCUUCCCACUGUUCAAACCGCAUGGAUGGCUCUCGAAUAUUUGGCUACUCAUCGUAUGCUCAACUAA